AAUACUUCUCUCAGCCCGUCGCCCUCGGCCUUCUCGGCUCCUAACAAAUAAAGGCAAGAAAGAAAAACCUCUUUUAUAGCUCGAAAAAAGGGGAAAUGGCAGAGAGAGAGAGAGAGAAAGAGAAGCCUCGUAGCGGAGGAGGGUAGGAGGAGAAGGCUUCGACUCGAUGAACGAAGAGCCCAACCAAGUUCGGGCUUUGAUUUUUUUAAGAGAAAGAGGAGCGGGGAAACAAGGGCGCUAGAAGAAGGGGAUGAGAAAUUGAAGAUUAGGGGAAGAAAGGAGGGAGGAGAAGAAUAUAGGGAGUUCUUUCCAUGCCCUUUUUCCAUACAGAUUCAAGAAAGGGAAAGAGAGGAAGGAAAAAAUGAUGGAAGAAUGCUGUUAUUUCAAUAAGGGUUGGUUUUCCACAAAUCCUUCUCAUGCAGGAUAGUCUUCUCAUAAAGCCUCCGAAGAAAUAUCCACUUGUGUUAUGGAUGGCUGCGUUGGCCUUGGUAAUGAUAAGUGGCGUUUAUAUAUGUAUACUGUAUUUAAAGCAAAAGUGGGUCCCCACAAUGCCUAAUCCAAUUAUGUUGAGACUUAAGGAACCUAAACCCUGUCCUGAUCCUGGCAUUCCGCAAUCCGAGGUUCCUUAUGUGCACUAUCCAGAACCCACUACUUAUAGUAGGAAUGAGUGUGCGUGCACACCAGUUUGGUUCUUUGCAAUUUUAUCGAUGCAGAGGUCUGGAAGCGGGUGGUUUGAGACCUUGUUGAAUAGCCAUGUUAAUGUUAGUUCCAAUGGUGAGAUCUUCUCUGUCAAAGAAAGACGGAGUAAUAUUUCAUCUAUCUUGCAGACAUUAGAUGAAGUGUACAAUCUGGACUGGUAUAGUAGUGCUUCUAAAAAUGAAUGCACAGCUGCUGUUGGCUUCAAAUGGAUGCUUAAUCAGGGUGUCAUCCAUCAUCAUGACGAAAUAGUUAAAUACUUCAAUCAAAGAGGGGUCUCUGCAAUAUUCCUCUUCAGAAGAAAUCUACUUCGUCGCAUGGUUUCAGUACUUGCAAAUAUGCAUGACCGGGGUGCCAAGCAGCUAAAUGGGACCCAUAAAGCUCAUGUGCAUUCAAGGGAUGAGGCUGAUGUACUUGCAAGAUAUAAGCCCACAAUCAAUGUAAAUUCAUUGGUUCCAGAACUAAAGCAGAUGGAUAAGUGGGGUGCUGAUGCUCUGGAUUACUUCAAGAGCACUCGCCACAUUCUUCUCUAUUAUGAAGAUCUUGUGAACAACCGCAAGAAGGUUAAGGAUGUUCUAAAGUUCCUUAGACUGCCAAAAAGGAAGCUUUCCAGCCGUCAUGUAAAGAUCCACAGGAGACCAUUGUCUGAUCAGGUUGAAAACUGGGAUGCUGUCUAUGAUACUCUGAAGGGAACAGAAUAUGAGAGCUUCUUGCAUGCUGACUAUCAAAUGCAGCAAGAAACCAUCAGCUAGGCGCGGCUGGUUGUAAAUAACUUAUCGUCGGUUCUUUUUUUGCCCUUGCAUGCUGGUGCCUCCCGUUGAAGAAAUUUUGAUUAUUUUUAUCCUAACAGAAAUUCUUAUACAGGUUUACAGAGAGAUGUUUUUUCCCACUUUGCAGAACGUUCUAAUUUAUAUUUGAGCAAUAAAAAUGAAAAUUGGCAGCAA